AUGUCUGGAAAGCGUAUUGCACAAGACGAGGUGUCUUAUCCCGCGAAGAGAGCACGAAGCUCUAAGGACCAAGGAGAAUAUCUUGACAUCGACAAUGAGGACGACGUUAUUCCACCCUCACCUCCAGAAGGACAGGGCCUCGUCCCUCGAGGGGCAACAAUCAACUUCAGUGCUCUAACGCGAAAGUUGGCCGAGGCUAAGCGAAUGGUAGACAAUAGUGUGGGCGGGCCUUCCAUCGACGCACACCGACGACAACAAGACGCUCUCAUCUCGCACAUAUUCAUGGAUCAGGACUUUUCAUGGCUACACCUCAAGCCGGAUCACGCUUCAAGGCCGUUAUGGAUAAGUCCUGAAGACGGCCACAUCAUUCUCGAGGCAUUUUCUCCAAUAGCUGAGCAGGCGCAGGACUUCCUCACCGCUAUCAGUGAACCUGUCAGCAGACCGGCGUUCAUACACGAAUACAAACUCACUUCCUAUUCACUCUACGCCGCGGUUUCUGUCGGUCUUCAGACGGAGGAUAUCAUUGAAGUCCCCGUUCCUGAAAGUAUCAUAUCCUUCAUUCGCGAACGGACGUUGAGCUACGGGAAGGUCAAACUUGUGUUGAAACACAAUCGGUAUUUCAUUGAAUCAAGUCAUCCCGAAACCCUUCAACUACUUCUGAAAGAUCGAGUCAUUCGCGAUGCCCGUAUAGUCACCCCCCAAGCUGACAAUAGUAUCAUGGCCUCCACCUUUACCACCAGCAAGGCCCCGGUCAAGGGUGGCCUAGUGAUACCAGGGUCCCGGGAAGCUGAUAAACGCAAGGAUGAUCAACAAAAUGGGAAACCCGCACUCGGCGGUGCAUCCAAAGAUGCUGAUAUAUUUACUUCCGUGGUCGGUGUUGAUGGUGAUGAAGCAGACGAAGACGACGACAAUGUCCACGCCUUCGAGAUCAAUGAUACAAUGAUAGAUGACGUCAAGAAACGUUGCAACGAACUUGAAUACCCUAUGCUUGAAGAAUAUGACUUCCGUAAUGACACAAUCAAUCCAAAUUUAGACAUCGACCUCAAGCCAGCCACCAUCAUCAGACCGUACCAGGAAACCAGUUUGAGCAAGAUGUUUGGGAAUGGGCGCGCUCGAUCUGGAAUCAUCGUACUUCCAUGCGGUGCUGGAAAGACAUUAGUCGGCAUCACGGCGGCUUGUACUAUCAAGAAGUCGUGUCUGGUGCUUUGCACCUCGUCGGUCUCAGUCAUGCAAUGGCGCCAGCAAUUUAUGCAGUGGUCUAACAUCACGGACCGUCAAUGCGCGGUCUUCACGGCAGAUCAAAAAGAAAAGUUUGCUGGAGAAAGUGGGAUCGUUGUCUCAACGUAUUCCAUGGUUGCUAACACACACAACCGUUCGCACGAGUCGAAGAAGAUGAUGGACUUCUUGACAUCGAGGGAAUGGGGGUUCAUCCUACUGGACGAAGUGCACGUUGUUCCCGCUGCGAUGUUUCGUCGAGUCGUCACCACCAUCAAGGCACACUCUAAACUUGGCCUCACUGCAACCCUGGUACGUGAGGACGAUAAGAUUGCCGAUUUGAACUAUAUGAUUGGGCCGAAGCUGUACGAAGCAAACUGGAUGCAAGUAGUGGACCUUGCCGCAAAAGGCCAUAUAGCCAAUGUGCAGUGCGCAGAAGUCUGGUGCCCAAUGACCCCAGAAUUCUAUCGUGAAUAUCUACGGGAGCAAUCACGGAAGGGCAUGCUUUUGUAUUGCAUGAACCCCAACAAGUUCCAAGCGUGCCAGUUCCUUAUUAAGUACCACGAAGACAGAGGAGACAAGAUUAUAGUCUUUUCGGACAACGUGUUCGCCCUCGAGGCUUAUGCCAAGAAGUUGAACAAGCUCUUCAUCCACGGGGCUGUCGGGCAAGUCGAGCGUAUGCGUAUCCUUGCCCGGUUCCAACAUGAUCCAAGGGUUAACACUAUCUUCCUGUCAAAGGUGGGAGAUACAUCAAUCGAUCUGCCAGAGGCAACUUGCCUCAUCCAAAUAUCUUCACACUUCGGUUCGCGCCGUCAAGAGGCGCAACGGUUAGGUCGCAUCUUGCGAGCGAAACGGCGCAACGACGAAGGCUUCAAUGCCUUCUUUUACUCACUUGUAUCCAAGGAUACACAAGAGAUGUUUUACAGCACGAAGCGCCAACAAUUUUUGAUUGAUCAAGGUUAUGCGUUCAAAGUUAUUACGCAUCUUGAUGGCCUGCAGGACCUUCCUGAAUUAGUAUACAAGUCGCGCGAUGAGCAAAUUGAACUCUUGUCGUCGGUGCUGCUGGCCAACGAAAGCGAGGCGGACCUAGGCUCCGACAUCCGAGCCGGCGAAGGCGACCUGGCAGGUACGGUUACUUCGAAGGACUUCGGGCCAACUAAAUUUACGGCGGCCCAACGGACGACCGGAUCGCUAACGGCACUCAGUGGGGGUCAACAUAUGUCGUACGUCGAACAGAACAAAUCGGCUAACAAGAAGCUGGUUAAAGAAGCUGCGCCUCGCCACAAGCUGUUUGCGAAGAGGGAGAAGGAUAAAGUGGCUGCCAGGAAGGAAGCUAGAGCGUAG